AAGGAUUUUAAAUUUCAUUUGCUCAGUGUAUGUUUGUAUGACCUACAUAACUUUCACGUUGUAGACGUAUAGAAGAUUCAGUUAAUGCUUGUGAGAUGACAUCUCCAAAGACAGCGUUUGUCAGCAAGAAUGUUUUGAUUGACGGGGAGAUCAAACCUGCGUGUAUUGAGGUCCAGAACGGCCAGGUGUGCAGAAUCCUCACCAGGGGCUUUGACGCCAAGGAUUACAGCGAGGUUCAAGAUGUUGGAAAUUUGUUGAUAAUGCCCGGAAUUGUCGAUGCCCAUGUCCAUGUGAACGAGCCCGGGAGGACAAGCUGGGAGGGCUACACCACAGCGACAAGAGCAGCUGCUGCUGGAGGGAUAACUACUAUUGUUGACAUGCCACUAAAUUCCAUCCCAUCAACAACCACACUGGAUGCCUUCAGAACAAAACUUGAUGCUGCCCAAAACCAGUGUUUUGUGGAUGUUGCUUUUUGGGGAGGUAUUGUUCCGGGAAAUGCAAGUGAGCUGAAGCCUAUGUUAAACGCAGGAGUGGUGGGUUUUAAAUGUUUUCUGAUUCACAGUGGAGUAGAUGAUUUUCCUCAUGUGGAACGUGCUGACCUGGAGACAGCUCUUCAAACACUGCAGGGCACAGAUGCGACAGUGUUGUUUCAUGCCGAGGUUGAUUGUGCAUGUAAUGGAACUAAAGGUAAUCCAGAGGAGUAUAAAACGUUUUUAGAGUCCAGGCCAGCGAUCAUGGAAGAAAAGGCCAUUGACCUUGUUUGUGAGAUGUGCCUUAAAUACAAAGUAAAAUGUCACAUUGUCCAUCUGUCUGCUGCUACAGCAUUGCCCACCAUUGUAGCUGCUAAGGAGAAGGGAGCCCCGCUGACUGUGGAGACUUGUCACCAUUACCUGUCACUGAACGCAGAGACCGUACCCAAUGGCAACACUCUGUACAAAUGUUGUCCACCAAUCAGGGAAAAGAAAAACCAGGAUCUGUUGUGGGACGGUCUGAAGAAAGGUCAUAUUGACAUGGUGGUAUCGGACCACUCCCCCUGUACCCCGGACCUCAAACUUCUGGACAAGGGCGACUUCAUAGCAGCCUGGGGAGGGGUUGCAUCUGUACAGUUUGGUCUCUCUCUCUUCUGGACAAACUGUCGAAACUAUGGGAUGAACCUGUUUGAUAUGGUAAAACUGAUGUGUGAAAAUACCUCCAAGUUAGCCAGUCUCAGUACUAGAAAAGGUGCCAUCAAGCCUGGCUAUGAUGCGGACUUUGUUAUCUGGGACCCAGAUGUUCCUUUCAAGGUCACAGAAGAUAGAAUUUACUACAAAAACAAGGUCUCUCCAUAUAUGGGCAGAACACUUCAAGGGCGUGUGUACCAGACUGUUGUCCGUGGCAACACAGUUUACACAGAUGAAGCAGGGUUGGCAAGCUUUCCUCUGGGUGGUUUUCUUCUGAAUGAAAAGGAUGAAAAGUCUAAGCUCUAGUCGUGUUUUUAUUAGGGACAUGCUAUAUCAUUACUUAAUUGAGCUGUAAGUGUAAGUGAAAUUUUAAUUUUUUUCAUGUUGCAAGUUAUGCAAUUUUUUUUAUCUGAGUCUGAAUGCAGAGAAGAAAUGUAAAUUGCCAGAUAGAAAAUAGUUACAAAAUAUCCCAUCUCAGGGAAAAUAGGUAAAGUUUACUCACAUUACAGUUCAAUAGAAACCAAUACAUACAUAGUCAGUAAUUUUUUCGAUGAUAAUGUAUAUACAUGUAUAUAUAUAUA